GCAGCGUCGUUUCCGUGGUAACGUGGUAACUGUCCUCCUUGGAAAAGUUGGUCCAGCGCGGCGUCCUGGAGUUGCGGUUGAGGAUUAAAAAAUGUCAACACUCACUUCCCCGAGAGGGAAGGUGGAAGUGGUUCAUUGCCGGAGAACAGAGUCACAGGAUAUUAACUGUAUUAAAAGCCUCAUUCGAAAAUUUACCGAGAAGCUGUUUGGGAGGCUUAAUAUCAUCUAUCUUCUAGAAAAGGCAAACCUUGCUAUUACCCUCUGCAAUGACAAGGAGGAGAUCAUGGCCCAGGCCACCUUCCUGGACUAUCCCAACUGGAAUGUUGCCAAGCAGGAUGACUGGGUGUCAGUAUUCCGGGAGCUUGACAAUGAAAUCCCAUGCACACCUCUGAAUACGUUGUUCAUGCACCUCUUUGCAGCCGUGGAUGAGUUUUCUGUUGGCUGUUGCAAGGAGAUUAUUCGGACUGUGUUCAAGGCAGUGCCAGAACUGCACUUCAUUUUUCUCAUAGUGCCGUCCUUCAUGAGCCUAGGCUCAACUCUUAUAACCGUUUUUGACCAAGUGGGGAACGUUCCAUGUCUGACAGAUGAGGAGGACUUUGCAGUACAUAUAUGUCACAGGCACAACCACUACCCUCGGCUGUACAUCCGCAAAGCCAGGGUGGAAGAUCAUGAUGAUCUCAUGCCAGUAUUUAUGCGCCAUGACACACUUCUGAAGCAAACUUAUGGAGAAUACUUCCUGGCCGAACUGAUCGAGGCCCGAGACGAAGAGAAUCAUGCUGUCGUGUGUGAGGUGGGCGGCGUAGCUGUCGGGCUCAUGAGUGUGUGCUCGAGGGUGGACAUGCAGUUGUUGCAUGAAUGCUUCAAUUUGGGGCCUUUCCAUGGACUCUGUGUCCCACAUCCUGAUGAUGUUCUGCAGCCACCACAAGAGCCAAGCAUUCAAGGAAUUCAAGAUGCUGAGCUCAAGAGUAACAGCCAGGGUUCCCAGGAAAUAGUUGAGGAGCCACAGGAACCUGUCUCUCCAGAGACCAUGGAAAACAUCCAGGGCAAUGUAGGAUGAUGCACCCCUAGCCCUGUCAACUGCAGAAAUGGACAGGAUUCCCAUCUCUCCUUGCUCUAGGUCAUAGAGAAACACAGUCCAGUGUCCACGGUAGACGAGCUGGAGCCUGGUGUGAGCAGCAGAAGCUCAGCAUCCCUCUCGCUACCUGAGGAGCCGAGCCAGUUCCGCCCCAUCUACAGGGGAGCCUCAUCUGCCUUUUGUAUUCAGCUGUUUUGUGUUGAUGAGAAGUACGAAGCAAGGUCAUUGGAUUUUAUGAAGUUUGUUUUCAGUCUUUUUCCUGACAAGAACUUCUGCAUAAUUUCUGUGCCUCACCUCACCCCUGAGUUUGUCCUCAUCCAGAACUUUGUGAAGGUGGCCCCCUUCAGCAGCUGCACCCUCGAGCAGGAUCUCUACGUCUUCCAUCGGGCUGGGUUGCUCACGUCCAUUACUAUAAGAUUAGCCAAUUGCACGGAUACGCCUCAUGUUGAAAAUCUCGUCAGCACCAUCAUGCCGGGUCAAGACAUAUUGGAGGAUUUAGCCCAAUACAAUGAGGCUCACAGAGACCCUGAUGGAACACCACUGCAGGUAUUUGUAGCCGAAGUUCUAAAACAAAUCGUUGGCAUUGCUGUGAUCAGAAAUGAAAUGGAUGUAGAGUACAUACGAUCCCAUUACAACAUCGAAGAUUUCAUCUACUUCAGUCACCACCAGCGUGAGGAACACUGUCGCCUGCAUCACUUUGCCCUCAACCCCAUUUUCCAGCACUACACCAAGUUCUUUCUGAAGGAGAUCCUUCGUUUAGGAUAUAAAUCCUGUCUCUACUUCCCUAUUUACCCAAAAUCCAGGGAAGACAAGUUCCAGAACUCCUACACCUACUCCCUGACAUCUGCCCUUCAUUACUUGGUUCCCGUGCGACCACGACGACAGAUUGUCUAUCCUCUGGAAAAGCUUGGCAUAAAUGCUCCAUCAAAGGCAGUCUGCAAAGAUCAGAUGAGUUAUGCCUUGUACCAUACAAACAGAAAACUAACAUUAGAAUCUAAAAUAACUAUCAAUGCCAAGAUUGUUGUGGUUGGUGCAUCCACUGUUGGAAUUUCCUUCCUAGAGACACUGGUAUUUUGCUCUCACAUGAAGUUCAAUAAUCUCACCCUGAUUUCAACUCAUGGACUUCCAGGAAAAAAUCUUCUGGCCACUGAACAAAGGAAGUUUUUAGCAAGCGACCACUGUUUUAAUCAUGAAGAUUAUGCAUUGAUGUCACUGUGCACCUGGGUUAAUGUUGUGGUUGGUAGAAUGACCGGCCUAGACCGAGCGGCCAAGUGUGUUGUGCUUUCUGAGGGAGAAAUCGUGUUCUACGACCUCCUCAUCCUCUGCACUGGUCAGCAGUACCAGGUCCCCUGCCCUACGGGUGCCGAUAUUAGUCAACACCUGACGAACAGAGAAGUUCCAAACAGCAGUAAGCGGCAAUACACUGGUAAAGUUCCUUGCAAUCAUUUCACUCUCAGUGACGACGAAGAUUGCUUUAAGGCCCUGACUUGGAUAAGGAACAACUCCAUCACCACAAAAGGGAAUGUCAUUGUCUAUGGGAAUACAAUUGAUGCUUACACCACAGUGGAAAUGCUCUUAAACAUUGGCGUGAGGGGCGCCUGCAUCUACCUUGUGCAGCCCCCGUCCACCUCAGCCGUCACCUGCAUCAACAACUACGAGGUAGAAAGUGCAGUGAACGAGGCACUCAGGGCAGCCGGAGUGACCAUCUACCAGGACGCGAUCCUGGCUCAGUGGAACGAGGGCCUGUCUCCCGAUCCCAUCCACAGUGCCUGUUUCACCACACCCACCAAGCCUUUCAGACUCCAGUGCUCUAUGUUCUUCAGCUUCUGUGAGAAGAACGUGGAUUAUGAAACAUUCAAAGCACUCAACGAUGCGUGUCUUGUCUAUGACGGCCAACUUGUGAUCGAUGCCAACUUCCACACCAAUGAUGUAGCCAUCAGAGCUGCUGGCCCCCUCACCAAAUUCUCCAAUAGAUAUUACGCAUAUGAGUGGGCUCACAGCAAAUUCAGUUCCAAAGAAAUCGGCUUUCACUUGGCAGCAACUGUGCUCAGUGUCUUUGACCCGACCCUUGAGCCUGUGACUGAGCUGCCAGAUGAUCUUGACCUGCCCAUCCCCAUGUACAAGGGAGCCAAGAUCCAAGGAGGCAUUCUUCCUGGGUCUUACCAUUAUCUGCAUAUUGCCAAGCCUGCCAUUCCAAUUCCCUUGGAGGUACAAAUGUUACAGCCUGAUUUUGGUUUAGAAAUAGUAACAGGUAGUGCAAAAAAUGGGACUUACUUUCGAAUUCAUAUCAACAAGUAUAAAAUGGUGGAAACCAUCACAUGCCUUUCUAAGGAGCCCUUUCCUGCCUCCAACUACAUCUGCUUGUACGGCCAGCACGAGCAAGUCCUCAACAAUCUGUGUGCUCGCUACGAUGACAACCUGAUCACAGAUCUCUACAGCUACUUCACGGAGCCCUGGUGCAUGGCCGUCUUCCACGAUCGUUUUAUUGAUCUCAAGAAAGAGUUACGCCAAAUCUUAGCCUCCAAGGAGGAGGAAGACCUUCCUUCCAUAGAACAGUUAGCCCGUCGCAUAGAAAACGAGGAACUAGACCUGAGGGAGAAGCCCAGGCAAUACCUGCAAAGAGUUUUCCAGGAAACCAUCUACAGGAGCCUGGCGGAGCAGCGCGUCGUUGACUUCCUGAGCUAUAAUCAUUACCACCUGCCCAUGUAUGCGUGGCCAGGCAUCAUCUAGUGGUGGCCAAGGUCUCCACUUCGUUGUUUUCAAUCGUUUAGUUCCUGGAAGUGCUUGGUAGAAACCGACAAGUUCGCGGGAGCCUGGCUUGGUGGCAAAGCCCCGUCGUGGUUGUGUCGAUUGUUUUCCGCCUUCACUUAUGCCUGUAGUUUUCUAUUGUUCCAGCAGAUAUCUUUUAGUUGAUAGUAUGACAGUUUUUUGAACAGCAGGGCUUAAAAUUGGUUUUUAUGAACCCAAUACCAGCUUUUGUUCAUUUUUUUGUAUUUAUGUUAGCAUGUAGCAAAAGAUGGCAUAAUGACCAGGAUUACACAGGUAUUAGAAAGAAAAGUCACAGCUGGCACUACAGAACUGUACACACAUUCUCGAACUCUCUGUAGCACAAUGAUUAGUUAUUUGGAACUACAAAGCUGUUUGAUACUUUUCAAAAAUAAAAUUGUUCCAGAA